AUGUUGUAUGGAAGAAAAUGCAGGUCUCCACUGCAUUGGGAUGAGUUGGGAGAGAACAAACUCCUAGGGCCAGAUGCGGUUCAGCACACCAACGAAGCUAUUCAGAAGAUCAGGGCUAAAAUGAUCACAGCUCAGAGCAGACAGAAAUCUUAUGCAGACCUGAAGCGGAGGGACAUUGAGUUCGAAAUAUUGGAUAGAGUGGGCAGUGUAGCUUACAGUAUAGCUUUACCGCCAUCAUUAUCUGGGGUGCACAAUGUAUUUCAUGUAUCUCAACUCCGGAAAUAUGUGUCAGACCCAUCACAUGUUUUGAGCUAUGAAACACUGGGUUUGCAGGAAGAUUUAUCCUACAAUGAACGUCCGGUAAAGAUUCUUAAUCAAAAUGAUAGGAUUUUGAGAAAUAAGACAAUUACCCUGGUGAAAGUCCUAUGGAGAAACAACGUGGUUGAGGAAGCUACUUGGGAGCUAGAGUCUGAUAUGCGAGAACAAUAUCCAGAAUUAUUUGAGUAA